UCUACAGGCGAUUUGCCGGUUAGAACAAGAUUUGCCGCGAGCGAGCCCAGCUUUCACCACGGCUGAAUCUACUCUAGAAAAGACAGCUGAAUCGAUCACGAAUCGCUGCUCGACCUCGGCUGCAAAACCCUCGCCCGAGACUCCCGGGUUCCGACGGCGACGGCAUGGGCGACGGGGAUCCAGAAAGUGGAGCGCAUUCUUCCGGCGACGGCGGCGAGCUUCAGCAGAGGCAGAUGGCGGCCGCAAGCGCCGGCAAGUCGGUGGCUCCGGUGCGAUGACUUCGCUGGGCCUGGGUGGCCGCUCCGGCGAGGUGGCAACUCCAGCAGGCGGCAGCUCGAGCUCGGCGCUAGCAGGCAGAAGGAUAGAUGGACAGAUUGCCUCAUCAUCAUUAGAUAAAAGAAACAGCUCACCCUACCGACAGGACGAUUAUUCUCACUGUGACAACAAAGAAGGAUAUUCGGGACCCGACCUCCCAGAGGACAUCUGGCGUCAUAUAUAUUUCCUACUGCCAAUGCAAGAUGCUGCCCGUGCUGCCUGUGUGUCUCACUCCUUUCUCUGCUCCUGGAGAUGCUAUCCCAAUCUUACCUUCACUAAUGAAACAAUGUGCUCCAAAGAAAAGUUAUAUGAGAGAACAGUGGGACCGAAUGUUAUAAGAGACUACAACAAGAAUAUUGACCGUGUUGUAACAUACCACUCAGGCGCUGGGGUGAGGAAAUUCAGGCUUCAAUACUAUGUUAUUCCUGAUGAUGCAGAACCGUAUCAUCAUCUCACCAGUUGGCUCCAGAUUGCGGUUACACCAGGGAUUGAAGAACUUGAUCUUGUAGUAUGGACGAGAGAGGCAACAUUUAUUUCACAAAAAAGAAGGGAAAAUACAAUGUUUAACUUUCCAUGCACGCUUCUAUCUGACACGUGUCAAGGCUCGAUUCGGCAUCUUUACCUUGGCAAUUUGGGCUUGCAUCCCACAUUUCAACUUGGUUUGAGAACCCUGAAAACGCUGCAUCUGAGUGAGGUGCAUAUUACGGCGGAUGAGUUAGGGUGCCUUCUAUCCAAUUCCUUUGCUUUGGCAUACUUGAGACUUCAAUAUUGUUAUGACAUCCUUUGCCUAGAGAUACCUCGUUUGCUGCAGCGGCUCAGGUUCCUGGAGGUGAUUGAAUGUAGUCUUCAAGUGUUAGAGAUCAAUGCUCCAAAUAUUUCCAGAUUCCGCUUAAUGGGUCAUAAUGUGCAACUCUCGCUUGGAAAGUCGUGGAAAAUGAAGAACCUGAUGUUGAACAAUAGGUGCGCCAUCAGUUAUGCUCUUGACAACCUUCCUUCCUGUGCGCCGAAAGUUGAGACUCUUACCAUACGUUCUGGUUAUGAGAUAAUCAAUGCACCAGUUAUAUCUAGCAAAUUUCUCCGCCUCAAGAUCUUGAAUAUUCUUCUUUUCUCAUGGCAUAAUCACCGGCACUAUGAUUAUUUAUCCUUGGUUUCUUUUUUUGAAGCCUCUACUUCCUUGGAGAAAUUUGCCUUGUAUGUACGGGCUGCGCAGUCCAAGUAUGACCCGUUUGAGGGAGACCCCUCGUCUCUGAGGCGAAUGCCAGAGCACUACCAUGGCAAGCUCAAGAGUGUGGAGAUCACUGGCUUCUACCCCCAAAAGAGCAUGCUUGAGCUAACAUGCCAUAUUCUUGAGAAGACAACAUCACUUCGGCGCCUUACAUUGGACACUUGUCCCGUGAAUUAUCGGUGUUCUAGCAUAUUUCACAGUAAAUGCGCUCCAAUGGAAACUGCGGAUAUAAGGGAGGCUCAUAAAUCAGUCUUGGCUGUGAAAACAUAUAUUGAGGAGAAAGUUCCCUCUGCAGUCAAGUUCAACGUUCUGGAGCCUUGCAGCCGGUGCUAUGUUUUGUGACGUUCAGAUGUCAAAUCAUCAUGGUUGUUCAAUGUUAAGAUUAUGUAAA